AUGGAAGUGGAGGUUUCUCAUCUUGAGAGCAGUAAGAAGCAGCAUGUUACGGGAGCGUCUUCAAUGCGUAAUCGUGUAGAAAGAUGGACUCCUGAAGAGGAUGAGCUUUUGCAAGAGGCAGUCGUCCAAUACAAGGCAAAAAACUGGCGACUGAGGUGGCAGAAAGUGUUGAAUCCAGCCAUUGUCAAAGGAUACUGGACCAAAGAAGAAGAUCAGAAGAUGUUAGAAUUGGUGGGAAUGCUUGGCACGAAGCGAUGGGCUGCGGUCGCUCGCUGUCUACCUGGCAGAAUCGGCAAGCAGUGUAGGGAAAGAUGGUACAAUCAGCUUGAUCCCAGUAUCAAGCGCGAUCCGUGGACCGAGGUAGAAGACAUGAGGCUCUUCUUAGCGCACAAGCGGUUUGGGAGUAAAUGGUCUCAAAUCUGUUCAAUACUUCCUGGAAGAUCAGAGAACGGGGUGAAGAACCGGUGGAAUACUCAUAUCAAGAAGAAGGCCUUCAUUUUGGAGGAAUACUGCAGAAUGUGGAAUAAUCAACAAAACUCGUCUCAGAACGAGGAGCUUCUGGGCAACGAGGCGGCCAUAAAAGAUUUGCUGUCAAUUUCAGAGUGA